AUGGCUGGAGGUGUAUGGGCCCGGGGCAGGGGCCAGGGGGCCCCGGUGGGGGCCAUAUCUCUGGCAGCUUUAGCUGAAGGGAUCCAGGCCAGCCAGGGGCAGCCCCUAGAGCCCCCUUCCACAGGCCCCCAGCCAGAGCCCUGGGAGCUUGGACCUGAGACCCAGCCUCAUGCCCAGGCACCCAGCACUGCCUCUGAAACUGAGCCUGGAAAUGGGGCGGCUGCCCCCACAGCUGGCAGUCAGCCCUGCUCCCCACACAGUGCCCAGAAGCCAGUCUCUGAGGGACCCUACCAGGCCCCCCAAGGUUCCUGGGAGGAGGGAGCCCUCGCUGACCUCGCCCUGUACACUGCUGCCUGCCUGGAGGAUGCUGGCUUUGCAGGAACCCAGGCAACAGCGCUCACCCUGUCCUCAGCCCUGGAGGCCCGGGGGGAGCGGCUGGAGGACCAGGUGCAUGCCCUGGUGCGCGGGCUGCGCCAGGUGCCGAGCCUGGCAGAGGGGAGGCCCCGGCGGGCGGCCCUGCGGGUGCUGAGUGCGCUGGCCCUGGAGCACGCGCGGGACGUGGUGUGUGCGCUGUUGCCGCGCUCGCUGCCUCCAGACCGGGCGGCGGCCGAGCUGUGGCGCAGCCUGAGCCGGAACCAGCGCGUAAAUGGGCAGGUGCUGGUGCAGCUGCUGUGGGCGCUGAAGGGCGCGGCAGGGACAAAACUCGAGGCGCUGGCGGCCACACGCGCUCUUGGGGAGAUGUUGUCGGUGUCAGGCUGCGUGGGAGCCACGCGAGGCUUCUACUCGCACCUGCUGCUAGCACUGGUCACGCAGCUGCACCAACUGGCUCGCGGCGUCCGCUCCCCGGACAGCCCUAAAGUUUGGUCCCCUUUCCGCCGAGGACCACCGCACAGCCAUGCCAGCUGCACCGUGGAGGCCUUGAAAGCCCUGCUCACGGGGGAUGGCGGCCGCAUGGUGGUCACGUGCAUGGAGCAGGCAGGAGGCUGGAGGAGACUGGUAGGAGCCCACACCCACCUGGAGGGCGUUCUGCUGCUGGCCAGCGCCAUGGUGGCCCACGCUGAUCACCACCUUCGAGGCCUCUUCGCAGACUUGCUUCCCCGGCUGCGCAGUGCUGACGACUCGCAGCGCCUCACGGCCAUGGCCUUCUUUACCGGGCUGUUGCAGAGUCGGCCUACCUCACGUCUGCUGCGGGAGGAGGUCAUCCUGGAGCGACUUCGCACCUGGCAGGGCGACCCCGAGCCCACCGUGCGCUGGUUAGGCCUGCUUGGCCUUGGCCACCUUGCGCUAAAUCGCGGGAAGGUCCGGCACGUGAAUACGCUGCUGCCCGCCCUCUUGGGCGCUCUGGGUGAGGGCGAUGCGCGGCUGGUGGGCGCGGCGCUGGGAGCGCUGCGGACGUUACUGCUGCAGCCGCGCGCGCCGCUGCGGCGCCUGAGCUCUGAGCUGAGGCCGCGUCUCCCGCCACUGCUGGACGACGCCCGUGAUUCGGUCCGCGCCUCGGCGGUCGGCCUGCUUGGAACGCUGGUGCGGCGGGGCCGGGGCGGGCUCCGGAUGGGACUCCGCGGACCGCUGCGGAAGCUGGUGCUGCAGAGUCUCGUACCGCUGCUGUUGCGCCUACAUGACCCCAGCCCAGACACUGCUGAGAGCUCAGAAUGGACCCUGGCUCGCUGUGACCAGGCCCUUCGCUGGGGCCUACUGGAGGAGAUGGUCACUGUGGCCCACUAUGACAGUCCUGAAGCUCUAAGCCGAGUCUGCCACCGCCUGGUUCAGCGAUACCCGAGCUACGUGCCCCAUUUCCUGAGCCAGACCCAGGGCUACCUGCGGAGUCCGCAGGACCGCCUGCGCCGGGCGGCCACCGUGCUCAUAGGCUUCCUGGUCUAUCAUGCCAGCCCCAGUGGAGUCAACCAGGAUCUGCUGGACUCUCUGUUUCAGGACCUAGGGCAGCUGCAGAGCGACCCUCAGUCGGCAGUGUCAGCGGCGGCGCAGGUAUCCGCCCAGCAGGUGGCGCUGCUGGCCCGAGCACGGAGUAGACCCCGCGGCCCUGGCCUCCUACGCCUGGCCCGCCGCCGCUCCGCUCCAGCCCGGCCUUCGCCGCUCUAUGCGGACAGCCCUUUCCAGCGCCGGAGUGCUGCAGGCCGCUGGGGCUGCCCCACACCCCACUGA